UGAUUCUGUAAAAGGUUGGAGUUUCGCCUCAGUAAAGGUCCUCUGUGCUUCAAAUAUGUCGACGCUCAAGACAGUAAACGAAACAAAUAACCAAGAAUCCAACGAAAGUUAUAUUGAAGAAAUCGGUGAUCGUACCCAUUACAUACUCAAAACCGAAAACGAAAAAUGCCGACAAGAAAUAUACGAUUUAAAAAGAAAACUCGAAUUAAAUGAAACAAUGCUUCGAGAAACUCAAGAGGCCAAUGAAUUACUUGAACAUUCCCUUGAAUCACAAGUUUCGCAAACAGAAAAAAUAAUAUAUGAAGCAAAGGAGAAGCAACGCGUUACUACGAAAGAAUAUGAAAAUACAAUUUCAAAUCUGGAAACAAAAUUGGCAACACAAACAAGAGAAAUUGAACAAUUGUACCAACAAAUUAAUCAACAAAAAGAAACUGAAUUCAUGCAUAUGGCAACCAUAGAUAAAUUGGCAGAUGUUUCCCUUGAAGCAGACAAGAUCUCACUUCAAAAAUGUGAGUUAGAGCAACUUAAAACGUCGUUACACUUAGAAAUCCAAAAACAGAAAAGUUCCGAAGAAAUGAUCGAGGAGUUAAAAGCACAAUACAAUCAACUUCUGCUUGAUUUGCAGAAUACCACAAAGCAGUUGUACGAGAAAAGCACAACUUUGGAUGAGGUUCGAGCAGAGCUUGCAUUAAGUCGUGCUGAAGUAGAAUCACUGAAUACAAAACCUGCAAAUGAUUUAUUAAAAGGCAAUUCACUUUUUGCCGAAGUAGAAGAUCUUAGACGAGGCAUGGUAAGUAAAAUGAAUGUGCUAAACCGUAAAUAUGCUGAAGUGAAACGCAAGUGUGCGGAACAAAUGGCAGAGAUCAAAAUGUUACAAAGCAAACAAGUCACAAUGCUUAGUAAGUGGGAAAACAACACAGGUAAUGCUUCAGCAGAAAUGGAUGAGUUGUUGCAGAAAUAUAAAAGCAGAGUAUCGGAUCUUGAGAGAAAGCUCAAGUCUGAAAUGAAGAAAAACAGAGAUUCAGAUCAAGAAAAGUUAGAAUCCAUGACUGUUGGGCAAUACCAAUCUUUAUUAUUAUGUGCUAAGAAAAAGGAAAUAGAUGAACUUCGUGUAAAGGUUGAAGACCUCUCCACGCAUUUUUUGGUGCAAGAAGAGGCAAAAAUGAACUUAAAUAAACAAUUACAGUAUUCACAAUACAAAAUUUCCUUACUGGAGGCUCAGGUACAAGCUUUACAAGGCGAAUUAAAAUUAAAUCAGGAAGAGAAUAAUGUAAACACUGAAAUGCAACUCAAAGAGGCUCAAGACGUCACCCAUGCUGAUAAUAUUAAUGCAAUAAAUGCUAAAGUAGUCUCUGAACAACAGUCAAGUGGUACAGUUUCCAUAAGACACAAUGACUCAAUCAAGAUUGAAAAAAAUACUAAUCGCAAUAUUACGGUAGAGGAAACUAUUUCAUCGACAGAUGCAUAUAAUCUUAAUCGUGUUGAAAUCGUUAAUCAAGACAAGAAUACAUGUCCUACAAAAAAUGUACAAUUUAGCCACAACAUCAUUUACAUACAAACAAAUAAUAUUUGACAGUGGUGCUAUCGCGUGUUGCUGUUCAUUCAUUAUAGUUUAGUAGAUCUACUUGUACAUGUGCUAAUAUAGCUGUUACAACCUUUGCCACCAUAUAAGAAUAAGAAUAAACCAAUAUUUAUACAUUUUCUUA